GCGAGGGGUCCACCGCAGCCCGCAGCUCCGGACACCGACGCCGGCGCCCCGCCAGCUGCAGCGCGCUGGCACUGGGCUGCAGAACAGCCGAGCCGCCUCUGGGUGCGGGUGAGCUGAGCUAGAGGGUUGCAACGGCAAAGCAAAGAUGCCACAGUGGAUCCCUUGUUUUCAGGACCCAUUAAGGUGAGACUAAGCUCUUCGGGCUGCUCGGAACUAGCCUCGGACCACAAGACCACCAUGGAUAUGGCGUGUGAACCGCUCAACGGGAGCCAAGGGUGGCUCUCCUGCCCAUUCGACUUCAAUGGUUCCGCGGCCAUAGCCAAUGGCUCAAACCAAACGGAGCCAUACUAUGACAUGACCAGCAACGCGGUCCUCACCUUCAUCUACUUUGUGGUCUGCAUCAUUGGCUUGUGUGGCAACACGCUUGUCAUCUAUGUCAUCCUCCGCUAUGCCAAGAUGAAGACCAUGACCAACAUUUACAUCCUCAACCUGGCCAUCGCUGACGAGCUCUUCAUGCUGGGUCUGCCCUUCCUGGCCAUGCAGGUGGCUCUGGUCCACUGGCCCUUUGGCAAGGCCAUCUGCCGCGUGGUCAUGACCGUGGAUGGCAUCAACCAAUUCACCAGCAUCUUCUGCUUGACGGUCAUGAGCAUUGACCGCUACCUGGCUGUGGUGCACCCCAUCAAGUCAGCCAAGUGGAGACGGCCCCGGACAGCCAAGAUGGUCAACAUGGCCGUGUGGGGGGUCUCCCUGCUGGUCAUCUUGCCCAUCAUGAUCUACGCUGGGCUUCGGAGCAACCAGUGGGGGAGAAGCAGCUGCACCAUCAAUUGGCCCGGUGAAUCCGGGGCAUGGUACACUGGCUUUAUUAUCUACACCUUCAUCUUGGGGUUUCUGGUGCCCCUCACCAUCAUUUGUCUCUGCUACCUGUUCAUCAUCAUCAAGGUGAAGUCCUCCGGAAUCCGAGUGGGUUCCUCCAAGAGGAAAAAGUCAGAGAAGAAGGUCACCCGGAUGGUGUCCAUAGUGGUGGCAGUCUUCAUCUUCUGCUGGCUUCCCUUCUACAUAUUCAACGUCUCGUCGGUGUCGGUGGCCAUCAACCCCACUCCAGCCCUGAAAGGCAUUUUCGACUUUGUGGUGGUUCUCAGCUAUGCCAACAGCUGUGCCAACCCUAUCCUGUAUGCCUUCUUGUCCGACAACUUCAAGAAGAGCUUCCAGAACGUCCUGUGUUUGGUCAAGGUGAGUGGCACAGAUGACGGGGAACGGAGUGACAGUAAACAGGACAAAUCCCGGCUGAACGAGACCACGGAGACCCAGAGGACCCUCCUCAACGGAGACCUCCAGACCAGCAUCUGAGCUGCCUGAGAAAAUAAAUCCAUAAAACGCCAGCCCUGCCAACCGGGGACUUGUCCCCUCCCCCGCCCCCCAGUGCACCUGGCUUCUAGAAUAGGGAAUCGCUCAGCAUGAGUCUGUCUGAGUGAAUGACACUACAUUAAAUUGGCCACCUCUCCCUCCUCAAAGUGAAUAUUUUAAUGCAGGCGGGCAGUUCAGAGGCUGGAGAAGAGGACAUCAGGCCUCGGGAUGACCCCACAGAAACACUGAAAUGCAACAAAAACCGAAAACUCGACCCCCGUGUUUGUGUGUUUGACCCCCAGUAAGUGAUCUUGUGCUCGUGUGUUGAUGUCGUGUAUUCCUAGCUAGCACCUGUGUGGUCACUGCCUGUGUCCUGUGUCCAUGUGCUCCGCGGCAACCCGUGUGUAGGAUAGGCGUCUAUCCAGUAUGGCAACACAGAAACGGCGCACCGCGAGGCCAAUAAAGUUAACGCUUCAGGGGUCUCUCUCCUGCGGUCAGGGUGUCCACAUGGCCGUAUGCUUUUGUCAAAAACUGUAAGCGUAAGAUGUUUUUGUAUUCUUUCCCUUAUAGAGGGCUCCUUAAAUUGUAGAAACUUCCAGUCUUAACAAAGUCUGCCUCUGCCGCUGGGGUAUUCGCUUCAUUACUUUCAGGUAAGUUAGGACCAAGGAAGAAGGAGAAGGCGAGCGUUGGAGACCCCGGGCAUACAGCCAUGCGUUUCCUCUUCUCAGAUGUAAUCCAAAGACCUUACAUGGCUGUAGUCAUCUACCUUUGUAUUCAGCAAGACAGCACGCUUUGUUCUAAGACUGCAUCUUUUCCCUCGCACUUUUUUUUUAGGGAGCCAUGGGGGACGGGAGGGUAGAGAUCAAAGGCAAAUGGAAGGCAAAAAAUGGGCUCUAAUUCUUGUGGGGCAACCAUUUUAUUCUACCUGGCGUGAACAGAAAUGAGGAAGAAUGAAGCCAAAUUACACCUUUGUGAAAAGCCAUGAAACUGUUUUUUUUUUUCUUUUCUUUUCUUU